GGUUGGUAAAUUUAUGAGAUGAAGGACAUUCUCUUCUCCUCUUGUCGUCAGAGUGAUCAAUCAUGGCUGCUCUUCGAUGCAGUUUCAGACCAUUUUCUUCUUAUUAUUAUAAACCCUCAAAACUAUUUCCCCCAACACAAUCUCCAACUUGCAAAUUUCCCAACGAGAAGUUAUUGAACCCCUCUUCUCACAAUCGCAGGUUAAGGAGGGCUUUAUCAGCUUUGGUUUCUGAAGAAAGUGCAACUGGGUCUUCUUCAUCUUCAUUUACUGAUUCUGGAUUCAAACUCACUUAUCUUGAGGGAAAUAGCUGGUUAUGGGAAGUAGGUGGUGUGAAGCUAUUGGUGGAUCCAAUUUUGGUGGGUAGUUUGGAUUUUGGCAUUCCAUGGCUCUAUGAUGCUACUAAGAAAUUCUUGAAGAACUUUCAGCUUAGUGAUAUUCCUGAAGUGGACUGUCUGCUAAUCACACAAAGCCUGGAUGAUCAUUGCCAUGUAAAGACCUUGAAGCCACUCUCUGCAAAAUUUCCUAAUCUGAGAGUGGUAGCAACUCCUAAUGCCCAGGCGAUUUUGGAUUCUCUUUUCAGCAAGGUGACAUAUCUCGAACCAGGUCAAAGCACCGAAAUUGAGGGAAAAAACGGUUCAAAAGUUAGAAUUUGUGCCACUGCAGGGCCAGUUCUUGGUCCACCUUGGCAGCGGCCUGAGAAUGGAUACAUUGUGUCUUCUUCUGAAGGCCAGUUGACCCUUUACUAUGAACCUCACUGCGUCUACAACGAGGGGACCCUGAAGGACGAGCGAGCAGAUAUUGUCAUUACACCAGUCAUAAAGCAGCUUCUACCAUAUUUUACACUAGUUUCUGGGCAAGAAGAUGCAGUUAAACUUGCAAAGUUAUUGUGUGCCAAGUUUGUUGUUCCAAUGAGCAAUGGAGACCUCGAAAGCAAAGGGCUUCUUGCUAGUUUAGUUGAAUCCGAAGGAACUAUGGAGUCUUUUAAGGAGCUUUUAUCAAAGGAAUUGCCUGAUGCGAAGGUCCUAGAACCAACUCCAGGUGUACCAUUAGAGGUACCUGCAGUGUAAGCAUCUGCCCUCGAUCAGGAUUACUGUAAAUCAUUACACUAUACAGGGAAAAGGAGUACUCUGCAGUAGGAAAAUUUAGCCAUAUUAUUUUUUGUAUAAUUGUAUAUCAAUACACUACUACAAAGUAGCGCCCGUAAGUUUAUCAAAAAAAAAAAAAAAAAGUAGCGCCCUUAAUUGUUUUUGAAAAAUCAAUACACCAGAAAUAAUACUUCCGCUACAUUUGUAUGGAGUA